AGUGAUCUGGUUAAGGGUAGCAAGAUGGCGAUGAGUUGCCUCAUUGUUUUGUCAAGGUCCACAAGUUUAUAGUCCUCCGUCGGCCUUCAGUGACAAACAGUGGCGCGACGUUGAUAAUUUGACUUGCACGAUAUUGUGACUAAUUCAUCUCCUGUGGUCUAGUUUUAACCCACGGCAAUUCUACAAGCGUGUCCUUCAACCUUCGAUGCAGCCAUGACUCCCUCUCCACUUCCCUGAGGGCUGCAUGGCUCUACACUAUACUGUAAUAGAAGAUAACUACAGUAUUAGCUUACAGUGUGCUUGGUAUUCGCUUGGCUCACAUCGGACACAGGAUGACGCCCCGACCCCUUGUGCUGUGUGGGCCCUCAGGGGUUGGAAAGUCAACAUUACAGAAGAAGCUGCUAGAGGAGUUUGGUCCUCAUUUUGGGUUCUCCGUGUCACACACCACACGCUCUCCAAGGGAGGGUGAGGAACACGGCAAGCACUACUAUUUUGUGACCAGACAGGAGAUGCAGGAGGCUAUUGACAAAGGGGAAUUCAUCGAACAUGCGGAGUAUUCAGGUAAUUUGUAUGGGACUAGUAAAAAGGCAGUCCAUAAUGUUCUUGGAAAUGGGCGAAUUUGUAUUUUAGACAUUGACACUCAGGGAGUCAUGCAGGUCAAAAAGACUGAUCUACAAGCUCAGUUCGUCUUCAUCAGACCACCAUCAAUUGAGGAUCUAGUGAAGAGACUCCAAGCUCGUGGCACAGAGACAGAGGAGAGCUUGAACAAGCGCCUUACUACUGCCAAGAAAGAGUUAGAGUAUGGAGCUGUAAAGGGUAACUUUGACAAAGUGAUAAUUAAUGACAAUGUUGAGGAAGCAUAUCAGGAACUAAGGGAUUUCAUGCUUCCAGCAGUAAAUGAAAUAAAAGAUGAUUAAAGUCUUAAUAUAUAUUGUGAAAUAUAUUUAAACUGUAUAUACAUAUUGCAUAUACAUAAAUCAAAUUCCAUUGCUAUAAGUAAAGUUUCCAAGGAAGUUCAGGCACACAAGUAUUUUAUUAAAAAAAAAUUAUUAAUUGUAUGUAAAGUGUAAAAAUAUUAAUCUUACUUUCUUAGGAACUGACACCAUAGAAAAUUAUUACAAGAAGUUCUGACAGAGUUGAAUCUUAUCAUUUAAUUCCAUGAGUUACAAUAUCUUAUGUUUAGGAGUUACUGUACUGUACUUGUUUAACAGAUGUUGAUUAAUCAGCUGACCUAGUUUGUUUAUUUUUAUAUCAUUUUCGCCACUUAUCAGCUUACUAGCCGUUCAGGCAAUUGAUCUAUCCAGUGUUGGUACAGGAGGAAACUGGAGUCUGGGAAACCUGUACGGUAAUGUUUUAGUGAUGCCACACUAGAUAACACCCUCCUCACGUGUGUCUGGGCCGAGUGUCAACCUAGCUCUAUUCUGAAAUUGUCAAUCCUGAGCACAUUAUGUUCCUCAUAACUGUUGAUGUAAGAUUGUAUCUUAACCGAUUACACAUGUACAAGUACCAAAAAGUAUUGUCUAUGCUGGAUAAAAAUUAGUUACCUGACAUACUUAGUGAACAUAACUAUAGUGAAGGUAGUCUGAUAUGGAGACCACUUAAAUUACUGAAGAGCUUCAGCCAGUCAUCUAGUUAUGGGCAUUUUUACUGUACACUUUCACUCACAAGGAACUUCCAUCGUACAAAUCUCUAACCAUCAUGACCUUGAUCUAAAUAUAUUUGUACCUUGUGAGAAGAUCGAUAACAUGAGAGGCUUGCUAGAUGGUUCAUAUCCUACAGCUUCGUUUACAUUUACAACCUUUUAUCAUAAUCCACCCUGGGGAAGUUUAAUUCCACACAACUAAAGAAUACACUGGUUGGGAUCACGACAUUUCUAUUGUUUCUCAUGCCGAGCUGUAGAGGGACUGCAACUUCAUAUUUUGCUGUAUUCAGCUUCUUGGUGCUGUCGUUUGACAAGAAUACAUUGACAUCCUUGUCUCAUAUUCACAUGUCUGCAAGAAACAGGCAUCUGUGCAUGAUCCCAACGAUAAACCUUUUUUACGGGAGAUGAAACUAGUUCUACCAGUAAUAAGGUGUACUAACACGUAUGGUAAUCCCAGACACCUUAAAGAUAUAAAAAGUACAACUAAAAAUAACUUCCAUGAAAUCCCCGCAUUAAGCAUACUGCGCCUGCCUUGUUGGGUAUGAUGAGCGGCGUCAGGGAGCCGCUCAGAGGCUGGGGAGCACUGUUCGCCCUACCCAGGCUGCUGACCACACAGUACCUAUCUCAAUUAAACACAUCCUUCAUAUUAUUCUUAAAAAAUUGAUCAUGAUGGACAAUGACCAAAAAUUCAUACUGUAUUUAUUUCCAAGUGGAGUAGUUAAUUGGCAGACCAACUACUGUAGUAAAGAUCAAAGAACUCAGUCAUUUGAUGGUUCUUUUAGAUUAUGUACAAAUUAUUUCUCUUCCGGACACAUUCUUGUUCAAGCAGUCACUGCCUAAAUAGUUGUACUUAUAAAAUAACUAUUUUUGAGGAUUGGGAGUUUAGGUUUUUGAUUAAGGGGUAAUUAUAUUCACUAAUACUACACCAUGCAGCUGCCUGCUACUUGUCCAUUAAUUAAAGGUAGUUUAAAGGUUGUGUGUGUGUUCUCAUGUAUGUACACCAUAUGUUGUCAUCAUUAAAUAUCAAAAGGUUUUUUACAUUUGAGACAAUACAUACACAUGUGUACAGUAUAUAUAUAUUUUCACCUGUAAUUGAUUUUCUUUCUUGUAAUUAUCAUCUGUCAUGAACCUAAAUAAUGUGCAUCUUAAUAUUAUUUUCUUGAGCAGCUUAAGAGUUUGUGGAGUUAAUGAUGUCUACAUUCUUCAAGGAGUAUUAUCUUGUGUUAAGAAAUUUGUAAUCAAACUUUUUAUACAUACAUUAGUUGUUCAAACAUAUUAUAACUGUUCUAUUUAUCUCAAAAGUUUGUCCAGAAUCUAAAUCCAGAUUUCUAAAACAAAGACCCAAUAGUGUGUUGUUAUCAGAAAGUUAAGUGCACCUCAAUAAAAGAGACUUAGUUACCAGUGUUAAUGAUGAUCAAUGCCCACAAGAUUGAAGCAUAAUUAAGGUAAAUAAGUUUCCAGUACAGUAUCAUAUGAAUGUUCAUUAAAUUGUAUGAACUGUGAGGAUUGUCAAUGAAUGACAAAUGGGAUUUUAAUAUGCACAGCUUUCAAGACUUGAAAUAGUACAAGAAGCCGACAAAGUUUAAAUUUAGAUAUAAUUCUGUCUUUUUGUAAUCAGUUGUGUAAAGCAUUGCUUUAAAUGAGGUUACCCGGUAUGUUAAGAAUUAUGCUCACAGUUUAAAAUAGGAUUUAAAAAUUAAUUUCUUUUGUUUUCACUUAAUCUACUAACUAUUUGGUGGAUGGAAGAUUUAAUGUAUAACAAUACAGUAUAUACAAUACAGUGUACAGCAUAUAUAAAAUGAAUAAUUUCCCACUGCCAUGGUUGAGAUUAUAAGUAAUUAUUAUGUAGGUAGAGACUGUGUUUUUUCUUUUAUGUGCCCUAAAUACAAAGACAGUAGAAACAAGACCUAAGCUUGGUCUAUUUUUGCAUCUCCCAGGCUAAGGAUUUUUGAAAAAUUUGUAGAAAAAAUGACCUUCUAUAUCUACAGUAAUUGAGCAUUAUGUUAGAAGUCAUAUAACAUAAAGUAAAUCAUGGUCAGCAGCUAGUUUGUUUCCCGAGCAUUAGGAUAGUUAACACCACAACAUCUUGCUGACGGGCUGUUUAUAUACUCGAGCUGUACAUGUACUUAUCAUAUCUCUUUAUAUCACUGCUUUACAUUAUAAUUAUAGUAUGUUUAUUUAUUUGCAUGUUGCCGCACAAUUGGGGCAGUGUUACACGCGCACCUAAAUUGGUAAUUUUUCUAACCAGCAACUAUAUCUGGCAAUACAUAGAUAAAGAAAUUCCAGCUAG